AUGAAUUCAUUUUUUUAUUGCAUUAAAUUAAGAAAUUAUCAAGUUUAUCAAAUUAUCACGAAAAUCAAAUAUUAUUUUUUCUCUGAAAUCAAUCUGAAUUUUAUAAUAUCAAUUAUUUUCUGGAAUCAAUCAACAGUGAAUGUAAUCGGUACAAUGAAUGUGAUUCAAUUUGCAUGUCAAAUGAUGGCUGAAAACGAAAAAGAUAAAGACGGGCAGCGAGGAGUUAUUAUCAAUGUUUCAUCAAUUUGCGCAUAUGAUAACAACUCGCUUCAUGCAUAUUCAGCAUCGAAAGGAGCGAUUUCUAGUAUGACAAGUCCUCUUGCUUUCGAAUUUGCAAAGCAUGGAAUACGAUUCAUGGCUAUUGCUCCAGGCCUCUUUUCUACACCAAUGAUAAAUAACCUAAUGAAUUCUGGACUGGAAGAACGUUUGAAAUACUUGGAAAGCAUUGUACUAAGUCCAAAACGAUUUGGUAAUCCGCUGGAAUUCGCUGCUCUCGUUCAUCAUAUUAUUGAAAAUCGCUAUUUGAAUGGCGAAGUUAUUCGAUUAGAUGGUGGAUUACGAUUGCAACAAUAA